AUGUCCUCUACCACUCCCGAAGUUGCCACAUUCGCGGCUGGGUGUUUCUGGGGCGUUGAACAUAUCUUCCUUAAGCAGUGGCCCAUCAAGGAUGAUAAGGGCAUUCUCAAGACUGCUGUAGGAUACACAGGAGGCAAAGAUGCGGAGGAACUGGGGGGCAAGGAGCCGGACUAUAGGACUGUGUGCACUGGAGUGACGGGACAUGCUGAGGCGCUGAGGAUUGAAUUUGAUCCCAGCAAGGUAUCGUAUGAUGAACUUGUCGAAUACUUUUACAGAACACACGAUCCUACCACCGCCAACAGACAGGGAGCGGACACAGGCACGCAAUAUCGCUCCGCUAUCUUCUUCAAUACUCCGGAACAGGAGACCAUCGCAAAACGUGUGACGGAGGAGGUCCAGAAGAAACACUUCGAUCCUGUAGGCAAGAAGAUCGUUACCAGCAUCGAGCAGGCAAAGAAGUGGUACGAUGCGGAGGAUUAUCACCAGGAGUACUUGUUCAAGAACCCAAGUGGGUACCAGUGCCCGACACACAGAGCGCACUGGUGA